AAGGCCAGCGGGAUGCCAAAUGAGACCCGGGAAAAAGACGCCACGUUUGGGAAUGGGACGCGGCCGAAUAAAGAAGUAGCCGCUCAGCCGAUAGCGACUCCGCCACUCAGUUGCCAAAGUGGAGUUGCGAGUUCGCAACCGCCGCGAAAAGGAAAAAGGGGCCGACAGCGGACGCAGACGCGAGACCGCCUGGUCCCCCGCUCACUCGGCUCGGCCUUUUUUGUCGUCCUCUGCUCGGGGGCUGUUGUGGGCGAAGCUAACACGGGCAACAACAUGGCCGCUCGGGCUGCGCCACAAGAAGACUUCGCCAGCUGAGAUCUGCGCGCAAAACCCAGCAAGCGACAAAGAGACUAGCACGACUCGCUGGCCGACAGACACCACGCGGCAGCUUUGAAUCACUUCCCCCGUGUUCGUUUGCUAGCUUGCGGCGAGAUGGGACAUCCUCCGCUGGAGUUCAGCGACUGCUACUCGGACAGCCCCGACUUCAGGGAGACGCUCAAGUGCUACGAGCUGGAGCUGGACAGGACCAGCAAAUUCCUCAAGGAGCUCAUCAAAGACGGCAACAGUGUCAUCAACGCCAUCAAGGGUUAUUCGGUGGCCGUGCAAAAGUUCUCCCAGACGCUGAGCGUCUUCCAGUUCGACUUCAUUGGUGACUCCCUGACGGACGACGAAAUUAACAUUGCUCAGUCGUUCCAGGAGUUUGCGGGCCUCUUGCAGGAAGCCGAGCACGACAGGAUGAUGCUGGUUCAGAAUGCGUCCGAUCUGCUCAUCAGGCCUCUGGAGACGUUCAGAAAGGAGCAAAUCGGAUUAACCAAAGAAAAGAGGAAGAAAUUCGAGAAGGAGGCCGAGAAAUAUUACUCGCAGCUGGACAAGCACCUGAAUCUUUCUGCCAAGAAGAAGGAGAGCCAGCUGCAAGAGGCCGACGAGGUCUUGUGUAAAGAGCGGGUCAACUUCUACGAGUCCUCGGUGGAGUACGUCUACCAGAUCCAUCAGGUCCAAGACAGGAAGAAGUUUGACGUGGUGGAACCCGUGUUGGCGUUUCUCCACAGCAUUUUGACCCUGAACAAUCUCACGGUGGAGAUGACGCAGGACUUCAUGCCCUACAAGCAGGAACUGCAGCUCAGCCUGCAGAACACGAGGAAUCACUACGAGAGCACCCGUGAGGAGAUGGAGGACCUGAUGAAGCGGAUGAAGGCCUCGUCCCAGAUCAGCAAACGGCCCAGCUGGCUGCCCACGGAGGGCUACCUCUACUGCCAGGAGAAAUGGGCCCUGGGGGUGACGUGGGUCAAGUAUUACUGCAAGUAUCACACAGAAGGCAGGCUGCUGCUGAUGGUUCCCUGCGAACAGAAACCCACCACCAAGCAGGGGCCCACGCAGCUGACCCUGAAGUCCUGCGUCCGCCGCCGGACCGACUCCAUAGACAAGCGCUUUUGUUUCGACGUGGAGGUCACCGAGAGGAACGCGCCCGUCACGUUCCAAGCGCUUUCGGAGGGGGACAGGAAGUUGUGGAUGGAGGCCAUGGACGGAAAAGAUCCGAUCUAUCACUCCCCGAUUCACAAGCAAGCAGAAAUGGAACUCAACGAAAUGGGCUUCAAGUUUGUGCGCAUGUGCAUCAACUAUGUCGAAGAAAAAGGACUCACGCAGGAGGGCGUGUACCGGACGGUCGGCAGCAACGUGGAAGUGCAGAAGCUUCUCAACGGCUUCUUUGAUCCCGGCACCUCGGCGGACGUGGACCUGCGUGCCGGCGACUGGGACGUCAAAACCAUCACCAGCGCGAUGAAGUUUUAUCUGAGAAGUCUGUCGGAACCUCUGAUGACCUACGAUCUGCACCGGGACCUCAUGCUGGCUGCAAAAUCGGACAGUCUGGACUUCCGGCUGAACGAGAUUCACUCGCUGGUCUACAAACUACCCGAGAGAAAUCGGGAGAUGCUGGAGAUGCUCCUUAAGCACCUGACGACCGUGUGCAGCCGCAGCCGAGAAAACCUCAUGACGCCGUCCACCAUGGCCGUCAUCUACGGGCCCACCCUGAUGCGGGCCAAGGAGGAGACGGUGGCCGCCAUGCUGGAAAUCAAAUUCCAAAAUAUCGUCGUGGAGAUUCUGAUCGAGGACUACAAAAAGAUUUUCAGCCGCGAGCCGGAGGACGGCGAGGCCCCGCCCGUCCCUGCGCCGCGCGUCGCCCCAAGGAAGCGGCAGCCCAUCACCAUCUCCAAGCGGCCGCCUCGUCUCAUGAGUCACGAGCCUUUCGUCCAUCGACGGCACACCGAGAAUGGAGCCGGCGGCGACUCGGCGGCGGACGGCGACGUGUCGGCGGGCCCCGUCCCCCUGCAGAGGACCAAAUCUUCCAACUGUCCUCCGCUCGUCCCUCGCAAGCAAGCGCCGGCGCCGAACAGGGCGGCCAACUUCGACGCCGGCAAGGCGGAACGGCCGGAUCGCUCGCCCGACGGCGAGUGCGGAACCUCCGUCGGCCGAGCGGCGUCAUUCCGGGGCCGACGGCCUCCUCUGAAAGGAGACUGCGACGGACCGAGCAGGGCGGGCCGGACGCCGCCCAUUUGCAGACCGCCGGUCAGGCCUCCCGACCCACCGUCCAGGCAGCCGACUCUCAAGGUCCAGAGUGGCGGCGGCGGCGACGCGUCCGCUGCAUCCUACGUUGCCUCAAAGGCGAAGUUUUUCGAGCGUGCCUCAAGAAAUGUCGGCAGUUCGGCAGCUUUGCAGCCACCAUCGGCGGCGCCAAAUGAGAAAAAAGAGAGUUCGAGCUGAGCAGUCGAAGUUGUCGGUGCCAGCGAGCGCCAAGACCGGCGGGCGGGCGACGGGACGCGUUCGAGGCGGCGCGGCCGCAAAGUCGCUUUGAAAUGUGCGCCAAGUUUUUUUUUUUUUUUUUUUUUCUUCCUUCCUGUUCCUGUCCGAUCCGUUGUCAAAAUUGACCUCGCGUGUCCUUUGGUACUGGCCGCGUCACGGGAUUAGUUUGAAAUUGUCAAAUUCAUUUUUUUUUUUUUUGCCCCAGUCGAACGGCGCCGACAAGGUCGAGCGCGUUUCUUCCUUUUCAGUUCUGCGGUUCUUGUGCUCAUAAAUCAGCUGUAAUGAAAAGUAUGAAUAUGUUCUGUUGUUGCGGGUUUGCACUUCCAAAACCUUUUCAGCUCAUUUUGGUACAAAGUGUGAGAUGAGCACCGCAUUUAUUUGCCGUCUUUUGUUUUCAAUUGCAGUUGCGAAAAAUCUCAAAAAGAACUUUUUGGCCCGCCCGUAUUUGUGUUGCAGAUUUUGAAUGUUGAAGCUUUCACGUGCGUCAAAUCUUGAAACGAUUGAAACUUUGUACAUUCCUUGACGUUAUUGGAACCGUUAAAAGGAAGUAAGAAGCUGCCAAAAUAAUCCCCCCCCCCCCCAAAAAAAAAAACCAAGCACCUAAGGUGUUAAAAUUAGCACUUUUUUUUUUUUUUUUUUUGGGAUGAGUUUUGCAUCAACAGAUUGUCCCAAGAGUCGAUAGGCGGCCAGCCGCCAAUGUGACGCCAAACAGCUUGACUCCUAACAAGUUUGUUUUUCUCCAGUAUUUUGUACACCGUGUAAUUGUUGUUGAGCUGGUGUGUAAAAAUGGAUCAAAAAAAAAAAAAACUUGUUGACCUGAA